AUGGAGCAGUCGGCGGCCCAGUCGUCAUCGUAUGCCCACGACAAGGUCGACUCCAACGACAUCGAGUCCGGCUAUGCCUCUGGCCAGUCCGACUACUCCCCGUCACCACGCAACGAGAAGCCCGUUAUUUCCCUCAGCAAGUCGCACAUCGAGUACCUCAACGAGCAGAUGGAGACGAUGCACCCCAUGGACAUCCUCCGGUUCUGCAAGAUCAUGUUCCCCAACCUGUACCAGUCAACGGCGUUUGGCCUGACGGGCCUCGCCACCAUGGACAUGCUGUCCAAGAUCCAGAAGGAGAACCCAGAGUCCCGCACCGUCGACCUCAUCUUCCUCGACACCCUGUACCACUUCAAGGAGACGUACGAGCUCGUCGACCGCGUCAGGGAGAGAUACCCCAACGUGCCCAUCCACAUCUACAAGCCCGACGGCAUGGAGACGGCUCAGCAGCUCGAGGAGACGUACGGCGAAAAGUUCUAUGAGACUGCCGGCGACAUGUACGACUGGAUCGUCAAGGUCGAGCCCCUGCAGCGAGCGUACGACGAGCUCAAGGUGGCGGCUGUGCUCAACGGCCGUCGGCGGUCCCAGGGCGCUGCCCGCGGCUCCAUCCCCAUCAUCGAGCUCGACGAGGAGAGGGGCAUCGUCAAGAUCAACCCCAUGGCCGCCUGGACGUUUGCCCAGGUCAAGCAGUACAUCCAGGAGAACAACGUCCCCUACAACGCCCUGCUCGACAAGGGCUACAAGUCGGUCGGCGACUGGCACUCGACCAGCCCGGUCGGCGAGGGCGAGGAUGAGCGUGCCGGUCGAUGGAAGGGCCAGGGCAAGACGGAGUGCGGCAUCCACAACAAGAAGUCCAAGUACUCCGAGUUCAUUGCCAAAAAGGAGCAGACUGCGCCUGUGUCAUGA